UGAAAAAUUAAAAAAUUAAAAUUUUCAAAGGAUAAACUUAGAAAGGUGCUAUUUUGGUCGUUUUAGUUUUGGAGUGCUAUUUUUGUGAUAUAAACUUAGAAAUGUGUUAUUUUGGAGAUUUGCGCUAAUAAAAACAUGGAAAUCUAAAUUAAAACCCCUCCCUGUCUAACACUACUCGUAGAUCGAUACACAACAGGUUCUUCGAGUUUCUUUCUCCCCCCUCAUCUUCCUUUUUUUUCUUCUUAUGUUUGAUUUUGAUUGCUAAUGAUUGUCGAACUCUGCUUUGAUUGAUUUUUCUACCGAAGUUAACCAAUCUUUUUGAAACUCUGUUACAAUCGUUCGAUUUUGUUUUGUGGGUUGUAAUGCUUAGACGCUUUGAUUCCUUGUGUUUAACCUUAAACCCUAAACUGUACUUGCUUCGUAAACCUAUUAGACUAUUAUCUUCGUCCCCAAGUUUCAACACGCCAACAUACAAGUCAAACAGAGAUUGACUUCGCUUUCUUUCUUUUUUCUUAUAUUUUUUUCUGUUUGUCUUGGACUAUAUAAUACACAAGUUUUGUCUUCUUGUCAGAGAGUACGUACUUAACAUGGAUUCGAAAGAAAAAGAAGACCAUGUCAAAAGUCUGAUCACGAGUAGAGAGAUGCUCUUGAAGCUUCAGCAGAACAUUGAGACAGCCACUUCUGGACCAUCCGCUUCCACUUCAGCUGAUCUUCAAAACAUCUCUAAUGAAAUACAAAAACAUCUCAUGAAGACUGCCGCCACUGGCCAGGAUCCGAAUAAGCCUGAUCCGAGUAAAGCCACCUCGCAUAUAAAAGAUGAGCUUGACAAGGUGUUUACAGUUGAGGAAGUUGGACACAAGUGCGACUUAUGCGGGAGAGAUCUAGCCUCGGAUCCAGAACGGCCUAAUGCUUCUUUGCGCAGCUUACAAGAGGCGUGCGUGCUGGAUUGUGGUCAUGUAUACCACUUCAAGUGUUUAAAAGGCACCACACUUGAUCUUGACAACCGUUCUACUAACCCUUCUUGCAUUUUCUGCGUCAGCUAGUCCAACUGAAUCAACCAUCGAUGUGGUGCAACUUUAAGAUUUAAUAUUUUUGUUCUUAUAUUGUAAGAACGUGUCCUCAACAAUGACAAUGGUUUUUUACAUACAAACUGAUUAUAUUCUCAAUAAUCAGUUUCUUUUUACAUCCCUUCAGUUACACUCUUGGAAUGUUAAGUAACUUAGAAUGGGAAACUAGAA